AUGGGAGAUCGCACUCAAUUCGUACCCUCUCAUGUGGGAGACAAUGUACUUCCCAACCUGCCCUUUUUUCAUAAACUGCUUCGCUAUGCUCAACAAAGGCCGUCGCGUAUUUCCAUCCGAGACGUGAACGCCGGGCUGGAGAAAACCUUCCAUCAUGUUGUUUCAGACGCCUUGAUUCUUCGUAAGGAGCUGGAGAAAAAGCUCAGCCCUGAAACUUUGCGUGAUCUUCAGGAAGAUAGAGAGGUCUAUAUCGGACUUCUCGAGCCUGGUGGCUAUGAAUACACAGUUGGUUUCGUCGCUAUUCUUGCAUUGGGCGCUGCAGUAGUGCCAAUGGCUGCCGGGCUACCAAGCGAUGAAGUCUCAUACUUCCUUCGCAAAGCGCAAUGUGUAGCUCUAGUAGCCGGUAGAACCAAUGAGACUCUCGCGCAAUCCGUUGUGCGCUCCAUGAGGGACAAAAAUGGCGUCCAUAUACCCUGUAUUUCUCCCGUUGCAUCCUUCUUCCAGACAACACUGCUCCCAGCCAAUGAUAUCCUCAUCUCAUCAAACCGAGCUCUGGAUAUGAACAGCGCUGCCGCGGUCAUUUUCACCUCUGGCACAACCGGUCCUCCCAAGGGCGCUGUCCAGCGCCGCACUUGGCUAACCGGCAAUGCCGAAACCGACGCAGCCUUUUACCGCGUCACAGAAGAAGAUGUUGUCCUCCAUGUGCUACCAGUCCACCAUGCCUCUGGGCUAGGUCUCACAUUCCUUCCCUUUCUGAUGACCGGUGCAUGCAUCGAAUUCCGAAGUGGUAGUUUCGAUACUGCGUGGACGUGGGAGCGCUGGCGACAAGGUGGACUGAGCUUUUUCUCCGGCGUACCAACCAUCUACAUGCGGAUGAUGCGGUACUUUGAAGAGAGUAUUGCAACUCAGGCCCCUGAUAUACGUGACCAAUACGUCAGAGGGGCUCGUGAUAUUCGCACGAUGCUUUGUGGAUCGUCGGCUUUGCCUGGGCCCGUGCAGGACUUCUGGGAGAAACUUCGGGAGAAGCCAAUAAUGACCCGGUACGGGUCUACUGAGUUUGGGGCGGUUAUAAAAACCGACCUUGAGCCUCGUGGGAUGCCACAAAACAGUGUUGGUCGUAUUGUUGGCGGUGUUUCGCUCAAGCUUGAAGAUGAUGGUCAUUUGUUGGUGAAAUGUCCCUAUAUGUUCUCCAAGUAUCUCAAUGACGAAAAAGCAACAGCUGAAGCCCACGAUAAAGAUGGAUAUUUCAAAUCAGGCGACAUCGCUCGACAAGAAGGAGAUUAUUUCUUUAUCCUUGGUCGUGCCUCGAUUGACAUCAUCAAGUCAGGAGGGUAUAAAAUUUCCGCCUUAGAUAUUGAGCGUGAGAUUCUCGGCUUGGACUAUGUAUCCGAAGUAAUGGUGGUUGGUGUGGAGGACGAAGAAUAUGGACAGCGGGUGGCAGCCAGUAUCAGCCUCAAGACGGAUCAGAGCACAAAACGCAAGGCCCUCACACUAGCAGAGCUAAGAGAGGAUCUCCGAAGUAAGCUGGCGAGCUAUAAGAUACCUACUAUUCUACGAGUGGUGAACGGUGAGCUUCCCAAGUCAGGAACUGGCAAAGUCCAGAAGAAGAUUUUAGGGCCGAAACUCUUCCCUCCAAACUAUAAAGAUCUUCUUGGGGUUUCAGUAUGGAGUAAGAGGUCUAGGCUAUAG